CCAGAGGAGCCAAUCAGCGCCGCCAGAUCCGUGUGAUACUUAUGCAUGGAGCUAUGGGAACUGAUUUCCCCCCAGAACCCUAUGAUGAAGUCCCUGGCGCCUCGGACACUCCUCCUGCUGCUCCCGGGGGCCCUGGUGCUGACCGAGACCCGGGAGGGCUCGCACUCCAUGUUAUACUUCGAAACCGCCGUGUCCCGGCCCGGCCUGGGGGAGCCGCGCUUCAUCUCCGUGGGCUACUUGGACGACACGCAGUUCGUGCGCUUCGACAGCGACGCCGAGAACCCGAGGGAGGAGCCGCGGGCGGCGUGGAUGCGGCAGGUGGACCCGGGGUACUGGGACCGGAACACGCAGAUCUACAAGGACAACGCUCAGACCUACCGCGUGGACCUGAACACCCUGCGCGGCUACUACAGCCAGAACGCGGCCGGGUCUCACACCAUCCAGAGGAUGUAUGGCUGCGAGGUCGGGGCGGACGGACGCUUCCUCCGCGGGUACCAGCAGGACGCCUAUGAUGGCGCUGACUACAUCGCCCUGAAUGAGGACCUGCGCUCCUGGACCGCGGCGGACACCGCGGCUCAGAUCACCCGGCGCAAGUGGGAGGCGGCAGGUGCGGCUGAACAAGACAGAGCCUACCUGGGGGGCACGUGCGUGGAGUGGCUGCGCAGAUACCUGGAGAUGGGGAAGGAGACACUGCAGCGCGCAGACCCGCCCAAAGCCCACGUGACCCACCACCCCGCCUCUGACAAGGAGGCCACCCUGAGGUGCUGGGCCCUGGGCUUCUACCCUGCGGAGAUCUCACUGACCUGGCAGCGGGAUGGGGAGGACCAGACCCAGGACACGGAGCUGGUGGAGACCAGGCCUGGGGGCGACGGAACCUUCCAGAAGUGGGCGGCUGUGGUGGUGCCUUCUGGGGAGGAGCAGAGAUACAUGUGCCGUGUGCAGCACGAGGGGCUGCCGGAGCCCCUCACCCUGAGAUGGGAGCCUCCUGCUCAGUCCACCGUGCUCAUAGUGGGAAUUGUUGCUGGAGUUCUGAUCCUGGGAGCUAUGGUCCCUGUUGUGAUGAGGUGGAUGAGGACAAGGAGGAGGCAGAGCUCAGAUGGGAGAGGAGGGAGAUACACUCCGGCUGCUGUUAAGUUCUGGCGUGUGAUGCUGGGUGGGGGUCACCGCGACCCUUGCCACAGUGAGAAGCCCAUGGAGACGCUGCCCGCCCACCCCACGCUCCCCCCUCAGCCACGCCCCCUGUGGACCUCACAGAGUCCUGAUUUGUUCACCCCAGGAGGUGGCAUUGCCUUAAGUCUCUGAUUCUUCUGGCUGUGAAAGCUGAGACCUGGAAGCCUCCUUGGGUAGGGGGUGGGGCAGAGGGGACACCAUGGGCUCUGGGGAUUCCUUGAAUGGGCCAUGGUGGUGGCUGCUCAUGUCCCUGUGUGCACUGCUCAUCUGAACUUGUUACCUGCAUUUUUCUAUAGCGUGACAGUGUCAGGGUUUUCAAACAUGACCAAGAACGACUACCAAGACCACGCUGAGCCAAGAAAGAAGAAUUUUGUUAGGGUGAAGAACGGACGUGAGCAGCCUCGGGGGAGAGGAGCUCGGGGCUCCAGAGUGAUGCUGGGGUCUAGGGAGCCUGUGCCGGGGAGGAGGGAGACAGGAGGGAGUUGAGUGGAGCGGCUGGACAAAGGGCUGAGGGAUGUGGGCUGGAGCAGCAGAAGAGGAUCCCAGAUACCGAGAGACAGGGGGUCCCUGAUUCGGGGAGUGCCCGGGGCUGCCUGAUUCACAGCUGGGGCAGUGAUAGGGACCAGGAGGCUAGGGUGUCUCCCUGAUUUGUAGCUGGGACAAAUUCUGGGAUGCUGAGGCUCCCCAGGUGCACUGCACCUCUGUUUUCAUUUUCCUGUCCCCAGGAAAGAAUGGGGAGGAGGAUUCGGGACUCUCAGAACACAGCGGCCUGUGUGGGACUGAGCGAUGCAGAUUUGUGCAGGCCCCGACUUUGUCCUCAGAGCCCC